AUGGUGACGAAUGACGGAGGAUGGGACACCACGGCCUCAAUGGUCUUCAUCAAACCCGGGUCGUGGCCGUCGGACGAAAAACCCUACGAACUGCUCUACAUCCCCACGGACGAGUCCCCGACGUCCAACUACGAGGUGCACACGGUGCCCAACAUCCCGGUUCGUGACAUGCGACCGUCCCUCGAGGCCCUGGACCUGGACCGGCACGGCUUCAUCGUCGCCUCGCUGGCCAGUGCCCUCCGCUACGAGAACAUCCGGGACGAAAAGGCGCUCCGGGACGUCUACGCCGCGGAGCUGCGCCACUUGCUGCUCGAGACUCUGGGCGCCCGUGCGGUCUUCAUCCACGAGUGUGUGUUGAGAAAACGUCCGAGCGAUGCCGGUGCCACACAUCAAGGGUAUGGACAACCCAUCCCAAUCGCACACACAGACUACACGCCCGGCUACGUGCACAAAUUGGUGGACCAGCUGGUCCCGGGAGAGAAGGCCUCCCUGGUCAAGGACCGUCGCUUUCAGAUGCUGAAUGUUUGGAAGCCUCUCCGGGGCCCCCUCCGCGACUGGCCCCUCGCCCUGUGCGACCUGCAGUCCCUGCAACCCGAGCAUCUGGUCGCGCUGGACGAGGUCCACGCCCAACAGUCCCUGGAGUCGCAGCAUGUCCUCUACGACCCGGCGCAGCGCUGGCACUAUCUGAGUAACCAGCAGGCGCACGAGCUGCUGAUCUUCAAAGCGGCGGAUUCGGUCGUGCCUGGAGAAGUGCCACAUGCGUCGUUUCUAGACCCCCGCGCACCGACCGAUGGUGCUCCGCGCGAGAGCAUUGAAUUUCGGGUCCUUGUGGUCUACUGA